CUGCACAUUUUCUCAUCAAUUAAACAUUUGAUCUCAAUGCAGUGUUCUGUUCCCAAAACUAGAAUCUGUUACGAACAGAGGACGAAGUUUUAUAGAUUUGACCUUUUGCCAAAGUAUAAAACAAUCUAGCUGUUUAGAAGGAGUGCCAAGGCACAUUGAGUUAUUGCAAACGCGCCAUCAGAGUAGUCGUUCCCUGAAGGAAAUAUGCAGAUUAAAUAUAUCAUCUUUGGUGAUACAGUAUAUUUGAACAAAUUCGAAAGUGAAAGUCCUGCGACAAAUAGGCACAGCACGUUUAUUGUAUAACGGUCUUGUCGGGGGAAAAUCAGGUCUAGUUAUUCGCACAAGUGUGAUUGAGAUAUUAUAUGAUAAAGUAUUAUUAGCAUUAUUUUCUGAACUAAUAUUUCCCGACUUCAUUUUGACGUCGUGAUUUUUCAGAGAUUUUACGCACGACAUGCCACCUUGCGUUAUUGAAAAAGACAGCUCCAGGGCCCUGUAUACAGUUAUGUGGUUGUGCAUAUUGGCAGCUUGGUGUGUGUCUCUCUCCACUGCCACUUCUGACAUUUUCACAUGUUCGGUACCCGAGGAUCCGGUCUCGGCUCGGUUGGGACAUGUUGCCACCAUGCCUUGCUGGCUCACCCCUUCCACGAACGCAGAGGGUCUGGAGGUGCGUUGGUACCGGCCCAAAGAUUUCGACAACCCGGUCUUGCUCUACAGCGAGACAAAGAUCCAGGAAGCCUCACAGCAGUCCCAAUACGUGGGCCGCACCUCCCUAGGGCUCCGGAAGGUUACGUCAGAAGGGCUGAAGGGAGGGGAUGUGACCUUGAAGCUGGUUAAUGUCACUCUGAGAGACCAAGGGGAGUAUGUGUGCUACGUCAGCAGUAACCAGGACUAUGAGACUGCAAGUGUCUUUCUCAAUGUAACUGUGAUGGGCAGCGCUCCUCUCCUCUCAGCAGUCAGAACAGAUGCUGACUCUGUGAAUGUGAGCUGUGUUUCCCAUGGAUGGAAGCCAAGGCCCAGGCUACAGUGGUCAGAUGGGAGGCAGACUCUGAAACCUGAGAAGCUGGACUACAGCAGUGGUGCCCAUGGUCUGGUGUCUGCCCACAGCUGGGUCCUCUCUUCCCCCUCCAGUGCUCCCUGGGUAUCCUGUUCUCUGGUUCUCUCUGAAGGGGAGGAGUUGGAGGGAAGAGUGGACCUACGGAACCUUGGCUCUGUACCAGAGACUUCAUCAGGACUGCAAACAGCUGUCAUCAUUUUAGCUCUGGUUCUGCUCCUGUCAGUUGUCUUCAUCGGUGUGCUCUACAAAAAGAGAGGAAACAAAUCAACACAUGUGCCUAAUGGAGAUAUAGUGGACAUAGAGACUAUGAGACAAGCUGAAGAUUUCGUGGAUAUAGAGACUAUAGAGACUAUGAGACAAGCUGGAGUGGAUGUCACAUUGGAUCCCAAGACAGCUCCUCCUUAUCUGACAGUUGGUUCAAAUGGUAAAAUUGUGAGAGACAGUUUAUAUAAUCCAUGUUCUCCUGGUGAGCAUGCUUAUAUACUUGGGACACAUGGUUUUACCUCGGGCAGCAAUGCUUACUGGGAGGUGGGACUGGGUGAUCAGAAGGUAGGCGUUAAAGAAUCCUGGUGGGUUGGACUGGCAAGUGGGUCUGUUAAAAGACAAGGUGAUGUACCAGCCACACCUUCCAAUGGUUUCUGGUUCCUGUCCUCAGACAAAGAGAAAGGCUUACGGCUUAAUAUGACCCCCGACAUCCUACUUCCUGCCAAUCCUAGACCUCAGACAGUAGGUGUGUAUUUGGACUAUGACAAAGGAGUACUCUCUUUUAUCAAUGUAAAAGACAAUACACUGAUUGUCACUGUGGAAGCUAUGUUCACAGGGGAGGUGUUUCCUCUUUUUAACCCAGGUAAAGGUGACAGAGCCCCUAUGACGAUAUCAGAUGUCAGACACUAUAAAACAGAACCUGGACAAGUGACUGUUUCUGAGACAGAGAGACAUGAAGAGACUGAGACUGAUGGUGACCAAGCCCCUAUGACGAUAUUAGAUGUCAGCCACUAUAAAACAGAACCUGUACAAGUGACGGUUUCUGAAAGAGAGGGUAAUGUCUCUCCACCUGCUGAAGAGGCUGAGACUGAUGGUGACCAAGCCCCUAUGACGAUAUUAGAUGUCAGCCACUAUAAAACAGAACCUGUAAAAGUGACUGUUUCUGAGACAGAGAGACAUGAAGAGACUGAGACUGAUCGUGACCAAGCCCCUAUGACGAUAUUAGAUGUCAGCCACUAUAAAACAGAACCUGUAAAAGUGACUGUUUCUGAGACAGAGAGACAUGAAGAGACUGAGACUGAUGGUGACCAAGCCCCUAUGAAGAUAUUAGAUGUCAGCCACUAUAAAACAGAACCUGUACCAGUGUCUGUUUCUGAAAGAGAGGGUAAUGACGCUCCUCCUGCUGAAGAGGCUGAGACUGAUGCCCUUCUAGCUACUAACCAAAGUCGCAAUCAUCAGACUUCGGAAUCCAAAGACGGUCUUUAAAUGUCUGUGAAUAAACUAGAGCACUAUGUAUUAACACAUUGUUUUGUGUAUCAAGUGCACUUCAUAUUAGGGUGUGUAUUCUGUACUGGUCCAAUUCAUCAUCAUCUCCUUCCUCUUCUCCUUUAUCUGCAGUGCAAUUUGAUUUGAUUACCAUGGAAACAUAUGAUUGGUGAAAGCAGUGUAGUAGAUGGAUGGAUGGAUGGAUGGAUGGAUGGAUGUAAUGGAUGGAUGGAUGCACUAGAUGGAUGGAUGUACUAGAUGGAUGGAUGUAAAGGAUGGAUGGAUGUAGUAGAUGGAUGGAUGUAGUGGAUGGAUGGAUGUAGUAGAUGGAUGGAUGUAAAGGAUGGAUGGAUGUAGUAGAUGGAUGGAUGUAGUAGAUGGAUGGAUGUAAAGGAUGGAUGGAUGUAGUGGAUGGAUGGAUGUAGUGGAUGGAUGGAUGUAAAGGAUGGAUGGAUGUAGUAGAUGGAUGGAUGUAAAGGAUGGAUGGAUGUAGUAGAUGGAUGGAUGUAAAGGAUGGAUGGAUGUAGUAGAUGGAUGGAUGUAGUGGAUGGAUGGAUGGAUGGAUGUAGUAGAUGGAUGGAUGGAUGGAUGUAGUAGAUGGAUGGAUGUAGUGGAUGGAUGGAUGUAGUAGAUGGAUGGAUGUAGUAGAUGGAUGGAUGUAAAGGAUGGAUG